UUAUAUCUCCAAACAUGAAGGGCUCUGUAGUAAACAUAUCUGCUCUCACCUAAUCAUCUACAUUUCAGCUUGCAUCCACCUGUUACUUCGACAAGCAAUGGCUGCCUUUGUGUCGAUGGCAACGUGUCACACCUGUAAUAAGAUGUCCAGACAACCUGGAAUGAAUCGGGAGCUUUUGUCUACAUUGCCAAGGAACCGAAGUGCAGGCAAACAAAGAACUCCACAGUCAGCCAGUAGGUCUACUCUGAAAUCUGUAAUGGACAGAACACCAAGUGGUACCCCACGGUCAGUAUCUUCAAACACCGGCUCAUCAUCAUCAAAGUCUGGCAGUGCGAAGCUGUCGCUUUUCGCCCGCCUCAAGAAGAUCCUUAUGCUGGAAAACAAACAGAAGAGCAAGAAAGGUGGUCUGAAGGACUUCCUCUCAUCUCUCUGAAGACCUUAGGGCCGCUAAAAUGAAAGACUCUGGCCCACUUUGAGUGGAGCGAUUGAAAUUAAGAGCAUGAGAGUUGCUGAGGAUGAAGAUCACUUCUCCUUGUGUAUUGCAAUGCCACCUAGUGGAGGAGACAUUAGCCUGGAUCAUAUUGAAGGGCAGGAUAAUAUUGAACCGAAUGUCUCCUUUCCUUCUAUAAAGUGUCUGUUUCUGAAUCCUUGUGAAUGAGUGGGGGAAAAAAGUCAUUUUGUAGGGGAGUGUAACUUGUGCUACAGAACCAUGCUGUGACAUUUUGUAGUUUUUUUUUAAUUUGCCAUUUAUUUUCACGUUCCCACAUAUUGUUCAUUUUUUUACAAGAAAAAAACAACUUUUAUAUGUUGUGUGUUUAAUGUUAAUGUUGUAAACUUUGAAUUCACACAUUUAUAUCUGCAGCUCUUAGUUUGGGUCACUGAUAUUAAAAGAAGGUUUGUCUUUACAAUUGGCUUGCACACUGAAUUAUUAUUAUUAUUAUUUGUACUCUUAUAAAAUUUGUACUGGGUUGUUUACAUUUGAUGGCUUAUUUGGCAUCAAACUAUGAAGAAAUGACCAAAAAUAUUUCAUACUGACUAUUUUUCUUCUCAAUACUUUUAAAAAGAAAGAUCAUGUUUUUUGUCUUCUUUGAUCUCUGACUGAUAUUUUUUUAAUAAAAAGUAAAAUAAU